CACAUCUUGAACCAGAGCAACCAAGUCGCCCAAGUUGAAGCUGUUCAAGUCGCUAUGGGUCUUAUCUAUUUCGUAGCGGGCCUCGUCGCAGCUCUGUACGCAUUGCCGUACGGCGAAUGCUGUGAUCCUCGUCCGACGAAUGACACCUCCUGCAUUAAGGUUGUCAUUCCAAACGUGUUCGGACUAGGAACGUGUCUCGCUGGCAAGUUCAACACGUGCGUCAGCAGUUCGGACGGCAUCAUCAACCAAGUUCUUCUACUCCUGAAGUGCGUGCUGCAAGGGCUACUCUACCUCUUGGAAAACGGGGAAUUAACCCUCAGUGACGUCGUAUCCUCCGUACUCAACAUCGUUGCCGCACUGCUGGACAAACUGGGAGUUAAGGAGCUACUCUCACAGCUUACCGGUCUCGGAUGUGGAGUUAAAAAGUUAGUCGACGGCUUGUCUAGCGGCGUGUUUGGCCGCUCGGACGUAUUGGAGGCGCGCCUCCUCACAGAUCUCUGCAAAUCUCUUCCUACUCCCGCCUACGUUAGAUGUGACAAGCACAGUGUAAACCUGACGCUCCCGAGCGCUCUCAAAGCUGGUGACUGCCUGGGGAAGACGCUCAAUCUCUGCUCCGACCAGCCUAAGCUCCUGAGCGGACUUGUGGAUGGAGUGAUAUGCAUCGUGAAGAACUUGUCACCCCAGAGCCUUGGGGGUCUCGUCAACACCCUUCUCUGUCAAGUUUACAGCUUCCUCUACAGACUGCUUGGAGGUGGCUCAGGAGCUGGUCUCAAAGACCUAUCAGGCUUGCUUUUUGGACUCCUUAACGAGCUCGCAAAUUGCCCGGCUGAAACUUGCUAAGUUGAACAUGAUGCGGCCACCAAGCCACUAUUUUCCUCCUGGAGCUUCAUCUACGAUUCCUUUUAAUGGCUCUACUGAAUAAACUGCAUGGUUCAUACUGCCUA